CUUAAUUGGCAGAGAAAAGGCUUCAUUCACUCAGUUUAUGCCAAGCCUUAAAUUGUGAUUGAUAGCUCCAGGCACAUGAUUUACAGGCACGUGGAUAAAAACACAUAGGUGUGGUUGAACGUGGCUGAGAAAGUCUCUAAAACAACCAAGGUCACUAAUGAGAUGUCACAAAGCUGCUUCUGUGUUGACAUCUAAUUGGGGCAGGGAAUGAAAAGAAGAAAAGUGGGAGACAAGAGGAGGAUGAAAUGGAUUGUGAUCUGCAAUCCAUCCUGCAGGUGUCCAUAUCCUUGAACAAGGUGGAAUUAAGUGUCGGAGAGUCCAAGUUCUUCAUCUGCACAGCGAUUGGCGAGCCAGUGAGGAUGGAAUGGUACAAUCCUCAGGGUGAGCGCAUUGUGGCCUCCAAGCGAAUGGCGCUGCACACAGAGACAUCACGAUCCCGGCUCAUCAUCUACAAUGCCAUUGUUGAGGACGCCGGUAUUUACCGCUGCCAGGCCACUGAAACCAAUGGUCAUACAGCGGAAGCCUCUGUCGUGCUCGAGAUUUAUCAGAGGCUGACCUUUCGAGACAUUCAGUCACCGCAAGAGUUUCGGUAUGGCGGGGUGGCAGAGGUGGUGUGUGAUGUCAUCAGUUCGCCGGUGCCAGAGGUUGUGUGGUCCUACCAGGGCAGGGAAAUCAAUGAGAAGCACCACAGCAGGUUAAAGGUGCUGGCGAACAACAGCUUACAGAUCCAUAAUGUGACCAAAGCGGAUGAAGGCGUAUACCGAUGUGAGGCCAGCGUGGAAGCUCGUGGAGAGAUCGACUUUGUGGAUAUCGCUGUGGUGGUCAAUGUCCCCCCGGUUCUGUCAGUUUCCCAACAGUCAUUCAAUGCCACUGCCGACUACCAGGAGUCAGUCACCUUUACGUGCAUCACCUCUGGAUCUCCCGACCCUGUAGUUUCAUGGCACAGAAAAGGCCAGCAACUGGAACCAUCGGAUCAAUACAUUCUGAGUCAUGUGGAAGGGGGGCGGAGCAUGCUCACCAUCCGCAACAUCCGUCAGGUUGACGGAGGAUUCUACUAUUGCAAGGCCACCAACAAGGCGGGAUCUCAGGAGAGGGAGCUCUUCCUCAAAGUGUUUGUCCAGCCCCACAUAACGCAGUUAAAGAAUGUGACAGCGGUGGAGGGCAAUGCUGCCAUGAUCUCCUGCAUAGCUGAAGGUGAGCCGCUUCCGGACAUCUCCUGGAGACGAGCCAGUGAUGGGCGGACCUUUGUGGAUGGAGACAAGAGCCAGGACGGACGCUUUGAAGUGCGUGGCCACCACGGCAAGUCAGUACUUACCAUCAGCAACGUAAGGCUUUCUGACCUGGGCCGCUUUGACUGUGAGGCCCUCAGUAGGAUCGGAGGCCAUCAGAAGAGCAUGUUUCUGGAUAUUGAGUACAUACCAAAGUUCCUGACCAACCACACUAUCUACUAUUCUUGGGAGGGGAAUCCAGUCAACAUCAGCUGUGAUGUGAUGUCCAACCCACCUGCCACUUUGCUGUGGAGAAGAGAGCACUUCACCAUCUCUGCAGAGAGGACCACCAACACACAAGUGCACAGCAGCAUGGGCAAGUCUAUACUAGAGGUUACUCCGAUGUCCGACAGGGACUUCGGUCGCUACAACUGCACUGCCCGCAAUAACAUUGGCAUUCGCUACCAAGAAUUUAUUCUGGCCCAGGCUGAUGUCCCAUCCAAUCCAUACUCGGUGCGUCUGUCUGCUGUCUCCCAGCGUUUGGCUACAGUUACAUUCGUGAAGCCAGAAUCUCACGGUGGCGUUCCCAUUGGCUAUUAUCUUGUCCAGUACAAGGAGGUGGGCCCACAAGACUGGAGGGACGUCAGAUCACAUAGUGUGCAGACAACAGUGGUGCUGACCGGCCUGGAGCCCAAUACUACCUACGAGGUCCGAGUGGCAGCCGUCAAUGGGAAGGGUCAGGGCGAGUUCAGUCGAAUGGAGACUUUCCAGACAUUACCCAUCCGAGAACCAAGCCCACCAGCAGUCCAUGGGCAGACAGGAAUGGGUAAAGCCUAUAAACUGGGGCUGGUAAAGCAGGAUGACGGCGGAAUGCCCAUCGUGGAAUACAUUGUCAAAUACAAGACAGACAAAGAGGAGCAAUGGAUGACCAAGCUUGUUCCAGGUUCCAAUGACUUUGCGACUCUGCAGCCGCUGCAGUGGAACACAAGAUACGAAGUAGAGAUCACGGCUCGCAACGUUAAGGGCCUAUCGGAGCCCACCUUCUACCAGUUCUUUAUGCCACAGAAACCUGACGUCACAGCAGAAUCCCUGUUCAGCGGCCUCGGCCUAGGGGCAGUGGUGGGCCUUGGCCUUGGAGCACUGCUCCUGCUGCUCGUUCUGGUUGAUGUCAGCUGCUUCUUCCUGCGCCACUGCGGCCUGCUGAUGUGCAUCACGCGCACACUGUGCAGCAAGAAGACGGCCACUAAUAGCAAAGGCAAAGACAUGGAGGAGGGCAAGGCCGCCUACCUGAAACUGCCGCUGAAGGAAGAAAAUGGCAAAGAGUCUCUCAAGCCGCAUACGAUUGAAAUCAAAUUGCACGGUGACCACAGCAUCCACGCCAAGCCGGAAGACAGCAAAGCAUAAAAGGGGGCGCCCCUCUCUUACCCACAAGAACAUUCGGAUGAUGAGACCAAACCCCAGAGAAUCUACAGCACUGGAACAUGGGUGGAGAGAAAUAUGUGCGCCCAAAUGAGAGGCAUGUGUAAAUAGAAAUUCUAGAUUGAAGCGUGGGUGCUGACAUGACAUCAGUGAAAAAUGAUUGUAUAUUUUGUUUUAUUGUGUCCGGUUAUGAUUCACAUGACACUUUUGGGGGGACUCCCCACACUCAAGCCCCAUCCCACAAGGAUGUGUCAUAUCAAAAUAAUUCACAGCUCAGCCAUAGCCCCCGCUGACCUCUCACCGUCACACUUGUGGGCGAUUCUUGCAACAGAAGCAAACAGUACUAACAAACACACGCAUCCCAGCUUCCCGAUGAUGUCAUUCUUUGUUUGCCUGUCGUUAGCCGGGCUAGGUUAAGCUUAUCAGCCUCGGUAAGAAAUGUUAUUUUCGUCAGAAAAAUAGUCCAUAAAAGGAGUAUAUAAUCGUUUUAUUCUAUGUUGCCAGAGAUUUUAAAAAAAUCUAAAUGACAAAAAAAGGAGAAAAAAAGAUCAAGUGUAUGUGGGUAGAGUUCAUUGUUUUAAAAAGCCUUUUAAGUUUUGACAAGAAAUAUUGCUGCCACUCUUGCCAUCUCUCAUCAUUCAACUGGAUAUUUUUUGUUUUGUUUUUGUCGCUCCUCUCCGGUGAGCUUCACUCGUGAUUGUUUUUGAUCCGUCAAAGCAGUUGGUUGGAAGAACUGAAAAGCACGGAACCAAGGAAUCAAGACCCAAGUCUACGUUUACUUUGAUGUCUUUGCGCUCUCUGCCUCUGAUGUCUGCUCAAAGUCUUUUUCCUUCAUCAGUCUGUUCACUGACAUUGUCACGUGUUGUACAUAGGUGGGAAAAAAUAUUUUGCAAAGCUUUUAUGUAAAUACACCUUAAAAGGAUGUGACUUUUUCAAAAGGCGGUUUCCUCUUUUGCCAUGUUGUAUUUGGUCCAAAGCUUGGUGCUUGUAUAACUUGAUGGUCUAGUCAAUUUGCGGCUUAAAGUGAUUGCAGGAAUGGAGGGAGUAAUUACACCUGUUACCUUCUGUAGUAUCAGUACACACAUCUGGAUCACAUCUGUAUUGCUAUUUUGUCAUCGAAUGUGUCUGACGGCUGAAUGUUUUUUGCACUGCAGUGGACUGUGAAAAAUGUAGAAAACGCUGAACAGAAAGUAAGUAAAAAUGCAGGCCAAUGUGAUGACUACAAUUGCUGAUACACAAGGUGUGUCAGAAAAGAAAAGUCUCAGUGGUGCCUUGAGAUCCGAGUGACUCAACUUCCUUUUUUUUUUUUUUUCUUGAGACACAAGCCAUCAUUCGACUGACUCCAUUUCAUUCCUUUGAUUUGUAGAAGGAGACUUCACUCAACAAUUGAAUAACAAUUCUUCCAAAAAAACAAACUCAAGCUGUAUACUGCUCUCAAUUGUCUAGUUUUUUGUUAAAUGAAACAUAAAACCGGGAAAAUACACUGUCAAAAGCAUCUCAAAGCGCCACUGUUUUUCAAAUCCAAACUACAAGUUUACCUCUUGGAAUUAUUGCCCCGGGAGUCGCAUUUGCUUCCCCAUCUGUCUUUGCCAUGCCUUCUCACACAACUGAAAUCAUAUUGUGUGUUUGGGAAGGUUCCUCCAGCAUGACCAUGGUUUUCUUAGCCAGGAAGUGACAUUUGCUCAGGGCAUUGUAAGCAGGUGCAUUAUCAUUCAAAAGGAACCUCAAGUCAUCAAACUCAAAACUCCCUCCAUGCUGGUUGAUCAUAUCACCCAUGUUUGAUUAGAAAACAUGUAGUUUGGAUUCGAAACAUAGGACUUUUCUGACAUAUCGCUUAAAACCCCAAGUAAUUUCUUGUCCGGUGUGUUCUGUGUGUGAAGGAGCAGAUGAAUAAACUCCAUGCACUAGGUUGCAUGUCUAUCCUUGGAUGCAUCUGCAUGUCCAAAAUAGCAUUCCCAAUUUAAAAAAGAUUUGGCGACUUGAUUUGACUUUGUCUAUUUGAUUUUGUUUUUUGUUUUUUCUUAAUGCAGCAUUUUAAUGUGAUAAUGACCUCCCUCGAAUGUGAGUCGCUGAUUAUGCACAUGUGGUCAGUGAUACUAAUCCCCAGGCCGCCACUCGCCACCUCUCAGACUGUUUUUUAUGUCGGAAUGUUGUUUCCCCACAGCAAGCCCAUGCACCUACAUCAUAAGGAUGGUUCCGCCAAGUGGUUCCAUUGCCUACCUUCAUGCGAGUGCACAGUGCCUGGGUGGCAUUACGAUUUGUACAUGUUCUUUUGUAUUUGACGUCGAAACCUACUCUCCUUCAUUCUUUCUGUGUCCAAUUCACCAUGUCCUCUUUUGUAGGGGGUUAAAAUGGGUGUGUGUGACCUCAGUGUACAGUGCGUGUCUUCUUUGUUCCCAAAUCCCUUGCACCCAUUUGGACCUUCCCUGCUGAGUGUGCUUUGAGCAGGAAGUGGGAAUAUUGAUGUCUCUCUGUAUGUACCUGUGCAACACUUGUGACUCCUGUCAUUUGCCGCUGUAAAUAAACAUGUCCUAGUA